UAAAGGCAAAUCUACCAGGAAGAAUAAACACCAAACCGAAAGUACUUCCCAGCCAGGGAAUAUCGGGGUGGGGGCCAUGGAUUCCGUGUCCAUCGUGUCCAUCGUCAGCGAUCUCGGCGGUGAUCGGAUGUAAAAGAGACAUACAAUGGCCACGCCCACCAACCAAGCACAGGAGAUCAUCACCUGUGACCUCUGUGCCAAGCCAACCCGAAAAUUCUGUAACAAUUGUCAAGUCAGUUUGUGUGUGGAAUGCGUUAGUAAACACGUGGACAAGCUUGACUCCCUACCACAUGACAUCGUUCCUUUCAAAGACAGAAAGGUGCCUUUUCCCGAGUGUGAAUUUCACUCCAACCAGAGAUGUGAGGCCCACUGCCAACAAUGUGAUGUUCCGGUUUGCCUGAAAUGUAUGCUUGGCCCACAUAAUGGACACAAAGUCAAGGAUAUGCCGGAAAAUUUUAAUGACAAGGAAAAGGAACUUGAAGAGGAAACCAAAGAAAUUGAAUCCCGCAUUAUUCCACAGUACAAGAAGAAAAACGAAGAAACAGAAAGCAAAAUCUCCACAACAAUGGCCGAAUGUGAUGAACUGGACAAAGAAAAAGAAAAACAUAGAAAACUCUGGCACCAAGAAGUAGACACCAUUUUCAAUACACUUGGGUCUUUGAUUAAAUCCAUGAAAGAAAAUCACCUGGCUGCUCUAAAAUCCCAUCAAUCCAAAAUAAAUAAUUGUAUUCCAGACAUGAUCCAAACAGUUCAACGAAAUAAAGAAAUUUUGAAAUCCAAAAAAGUGUUUGAAGUCACCAACUACAAAUCUAAACUCGAGGAAUACAGGAACAUGCCUACUGAUAUUGAUGUCAAACUGCCAUCACUCAAAACCAACACAGUCCAAGGGAGAGAACUCAGCCUGGAAUUAGGAGAAUACAAGACUUGCCUGACACAGAAAACACUGUCCAGUCUGACAGAGGAAGUCUACUAUUUAUCUUUACAAAAACUGUUAGAGCAAGCCAAAUCAAUUACAACCAUUCCUACUGGAGUUAAUCCUCUAUUCCAUGUUGCCUGUGUGGGAGUGGAUGAGGUCUGGGUUAGUGGUAAAGAUAAAAUCAUAAGACGUGUUGACAUACACGGGUCUGUACGGGACACUGUCACCACCACAUGUCUAGACUGGCCUAAUGACAUCACAGUGACCAGACAGGGAGAACUGGUAUACAGUGAUGCUAACAAUAGAACUGUGAACAUUGUCAGACACGGGAGAACAGAAACACUGAUAACCACACCACAGGGCUGGCAUCCAGGCAGACUAUGCUGUACUAAGUCAGGGGACAUCCUGGUCAGUAUGUAUACUACUGAUUUUAGCCAACAUAAAAUUGCCCGUUAUCAGGGACACACAGUGAAGCAGGAAAUAGAUAGAGAUGAAGAUGGAGAACCAAUCUAUAAAGGAGGGGAAUACUCACUGUAUGUGGUGGAGAACAACAAUGGAGACACCGUGGCCUCUCAUGGUAAUGCUAAGGCAGUGGGUGUGGUAGACAAGUCAGGAAGAGUCCGAUUCCGAUACGACGGUACCCCAGCCAGGAGGAAGAAGUCAUUUUAUCCUAAACAUAUAGUGACAGACUCCAUGAGUCAGAUCAUUGUCACAGAUUACAACAAUGCCUGUCUACACAUCCUGGAUCAGAACGGACAGUUCCUGAGAUGUGUGGACAAUUGUGGACUAGAUAAUCCUCUUGGACUGAGUGUGGACAGUGAGGGGAGGUUGUGGGUAGGGUUAGGUCUAUCAGGAGAAGUGAAAGUGAUUCAGUACAUGAAAUAAACACACACUGUUUACAACAUGUAAUGUACAGACAUCAGAUGAUGACAAAGUUCACACAGUGCAUUAAUUCAUUGAGAUAUAAAAAUCCUAAUCACGUUAUAACUGACAGAACUGGCAUGAGAAUAUUAAGUUACAUCUACUUGAUUAUAUACAUGAUAUAUCAAUUUGAGAACUGACAAAAUCAAGUUCAGAGAAAAAGCCUGAAACAAUUACAAAUACUGGUAUCAAAAUGUAACUUCUGUAUAGGUUUAAAAAUAUCACACCACCCCCACCCCCCUGUAUUCUAACUUAUCUUAAAGUUUUAUUUACUUUCUGUUCUGAAAAUAUAAGUUGAUGUUACUCUAGCUGUUUAAUUUAGAUUGCGUCAGGAGCCUUAUUAAUAAUUGCUUUUCUGGUCCAUCAUAGUCAUUUACAAUACCAUGAAAUUUUUAUAGAAUACAUAUACCCUUAUGUUCAUUCUGCAUGUCUAUAAAUGGUUGCAUACUAUCUGCUACUGGGAUUUUCAGCCGCUCAGUUUUCCUCGGGUAAGGGGCGGGGCUAAUUUUAGGCGAGUCUAAUAUGCAAGCUGGUGAAUUCUGAAUGUUGCCUGUAUAAAUGUUUAUGUAAAAUUUAUAAAUCAAGUGUGAUGAUUUUUCUUGUGUAGGUAAAUCGAAAUGUUGAGCGUUGUAUGCAAUGAAUCAAACGUAAAAUUCAGAAAUUUAAAUUAUAUGUUGAUUAAAAUCUAAUUAAAAUCAGAUCAUAUAAUCCGCUCAUCUACUAUCGCUACACAUACAUGUACAUGUAAGUGAGUAGAUCUGAGUCGAUGAGCGGAUCAUAGGAUCUAUGUAUGUAACGAUAGUAGAUGAGCGGAUCAUACGAUCUAACUUUAAUGAGAUUGUCGUUGAUUAUUCAUCGUUUUUAAAGUUUUGGGGGGGAAAUCAUUAAUAUCCCCGGUGACAUACGGGGUCCUCCACUCUCUGGGCCUGCCUCUGAUGGAUUGAUAAGAGAGGUUUCCGAUGUAGAGGCCGAUGCUUGAUUUUCAGUGACAUUCUGUUCCCCAGUUGUUACAAACAAGCAAUGAAGUGAUCGCCUCUAAUUUUUCCUCCCGUAAAACUAAUGUUAUUAUGUUUACAAUUUAUUGAUGAGUUUACUCGGUAUUUUAGAUGUAUUUACUACUUAAUCAAAGAUUCACACCUUCCAC